UGGCACUGCGUACGGCACAGUGCUGAAGGUGGCACAUUUCAUCACAGAUUUUGUGUCUCACAAUGGAAGACAGCAACCUAUACGAGUAUGAUCACACGACGUCCACGUACAUGAUGUACGACCUGGAAAAUGUAACAGGCUGUCCAGCUGUCCAGCUCCCCUUCUCUGACAUCUACCUGCCUGCGUUCUACUUCAUCAUAUUCUUCGUCGGGGUCUCUGGCAACUUCUUUGUGAUCUGGGUCAUGUGUGGGAAGCACAGAAAAAGACGGCUGGUGGACACCUUCAUCGUGAAUCUGGCAGUGGCUGACCUGGUCUUCGUGGUCACGGUGCCGCUGUGGGCCGUCUCAGCUGCAAUGAACCACCACUGGCCCUUCGGCGACAACAUGUGCAAGCUGAGCAGCUACAUCAUUGCAGUCAACCGCUUGUCCAACAUUUUCUUCCUCACCUGCAUGAGCGUCGACCGCUACCUGGUGGUGGUGCGCAUGAUGGACUCACGCUACCUGAAGAGGGGUCAGUUGAUCCGAGUCGUCUGUGGGAUGGUGUGGGCAUCCUCCUUGAUCCUGGGCGUCCCUUCACUGGUCUACCGCAGAGUGCCCGACGAGGAGUACCCCAUGCUUUGCGUGGAAGACAUGGAGUCGGCCAUGUUCAAGGGCUUGAGCCUCGUGACCCUCUUCCUCACCUUCAUCUUGCCUGUGUCGUUCAUCCUCUUCUGCUACGGCUCCAUCCUCAGCCGGCUGCAGAAGCACAAUGGGGUGGGCGGGUCCCGCAAUGAAGCGCGGCGUCGACACUCCGUCAAAAUGGUCUUCACCAUCAUCGCUGUCUUUGUGGUCUCCUGGGUUCCCUUCAAUUUCUUCAAGAACGUCCUGAUUAUCUCCAAGCUGUGGCCUGUGCUCCUGUCCUGUGAAACCGAGACGUUACUGGCCCGGGGGCUCAUCCUGUCCUCCUGCCUCGCUUUCCUCAACAGCUGCGCCAACCCGAUCAUCUACAUCUUCCUGGACCACAGCUUCAGGGAACGCGUCAAGGCGCUGCUGCAGGGCUGCCCAGGUGAGCAGAACGGACACACUGUUGGGGGCCAUUCCUCCAACAGUUUCUCCGAUAGUAUCUCCUGGCUCAGCCUUGCACGCAACCGCACCAGGUCCAUCAGCAAAACGUCACAGCUGGAAGCGACCAAGCCUAUCUCCUCUGGUCACCAAGUCAAGCAGCAGUCAGGGUAGCAUUAUAAGCCUUCACAUUAUUAAGCCCAUACUUAUCUUCUCAGGGAAAUGGUCCACAGCCUGCUUUAAGCAAAUUCUGAUUUUGCAAAUAUGUUAAAUGUUCAGCUUAUUCUCAAAUUUAUAAAUAUAUGAAAUUUGCUUACUAUAAACAUUUAUUUUGUGUUAUCCUUUGUAGCCCUUGUGUUAAAAUAAUAUUGACAUUACGUUAAAUUUUAAGUGCAAUAAUCACUAUAUUAGUCAUUUACUAUGCAGGAUAUAGACUAAAAAGCCAUUCUAAUAGUCUAAUCUUAAUUCAGAUUCAUCUACAAAACAUGUUUUGCAUUAACUGACAAAUUUAAUAUGAGGUUUUAUCCAACAGUAUGUAACUGUAAUAAAAAAUGUUUGUUUCACAUGUUUUUUCAUUUUGUUAUAAAUGCAAUAUAUAUGUUAAUUACUUGUUACUGUCAUUGCAGAUGAAUAUGCUUUAAUUCAUACAUUUAUGCGUUAAAUUUUGAUUUAUAUUCCCCAUCACUUUGCAUUUCAUUUGUCGAUCUAAAUAAACGUUUAAAAACCCAA